AGAAAUUGCAGGUGCUCCUCAAUUGCAUUUCUUUUUGACAAUCUGAUCCAUACAGUAUUAGAGCGUUGUAACGCCACGAUAAUGGGUCACUGGGCCGCUUCGGACGAGGAGAAUCAUUGGCGCCGCACGUUCUGCCAGGUGCCAUUCAGCGCCAUCUACGAACAUGCGGACAAAGGCAAGCGCAGUCUGCAGGGCCUGGUGGCGUUCUUCCGGCGUAAGGCGGAGGCGGAGCGCGGCGCGAGCGAGCAGCUUCGUGAGCUCUUAUUAGACGAGAUUGGCGCGUUGGAGGAACCCGGGACGGGAAUCCGGCGCGCGCUGCUUGAGCUCAAGAGCUUUGUAGACGCCACUUGCAGACAGCAGCUUCUAAUGGCUCAGGUUCUGGACGAGCAAGUCGCGGAGCCGCUGGAGUCGCUUAAAGACGCGUCGGAGACCUACAUCCAGACGCUUCAGGGCGAGAUUUUGAACGCUAAUAAUGAGUACGAGGAGGCUGCAACUGCUCACAAAGAGACAGUCAAUAAGCUGCAUAAGGCGACGAUGGAACUGCGGGAAGCCAAGGACAGGCAGCGUCUCGCACUGCAUGGUAUUGGUGUACCGGAGUUUGAAUUACAACGACUGGCUGCUCGAGUUGCUAGAUGUGAAGAAGAGCAGGCUCAGGCGGUGAUGGCCCGUGCCCGGGCGAAGACAACGCUGUACAAUCGGAUUAUCGCGAGGGACGAGAUGACGAUGGCUGUGAGUGUGGCGUAUCAAAAGGCAGAGGAGGAGAGACUAGACCAGCUGAAUGCCAGUUUACACCGGUUUCUCCAUGUGGAGAAGGAGCGACUGCAGGUCUCGCAGCAAAUGUUGGCGUCACUGGAGACCCACGUCCAGAGUUUGAGUCGAGCGGAGGAUAUUCAGCUGCUUAUUCAUAACCAGCGUGAUCCAGACAACAUGCACUUCCAAGGCAAGGCGUUGGCGUUGCUGGAUUGGCAGUGGAAUAAGACACAGGGAGAUCGCGGGGCGACUAUUAGACGACAAUCGCUCAGUCUGUUGGAGCGUCGAAGCAGCAUUGAGGACGGCUCGUUUGCGUCGCCAACGUCAUCAUCAGCUUCGACAACAACGUCAUCCUCACCGAGACGUAUUAAUGCCGCUGUGAUGGCAUCAGUGGCUCCAUUAAACAGUCCUCACACCGUCCUCACGCAAACGCCGAUGAGUGCCGCGCUUCACCAGUUCUUUGCCGAAGAUGAGGCGCCCGGUGCUUCGUUCAGCGAAGAGCGAGACGAGGAGCUCCCUCCACCUGCUAAUGGUGAUGAACCUGUUCAGGUUUCUAGCAGCCAAGCGAAGACUUCAACUGAGACUCUUGUGCGCGAGAAGUGCAAGACGGCCGGGGGACGUGCUCUUUUCGUGAAAUGCUUGAACCGCCAGCGUAGUCUAGAGACCAAAGUGAAGGACCAAGCGAGUUUCGAAACUCUUGUGGCCUGCUUCAAUGCAUUUCUGGACGAAUGCGUCCGUGAAGACGAUAUUAAGGCGGCAAAAACUGCCAUGAUCUUGGCGGAGACUUUCUACUAUCCCAAAACUCAAGAAAUUCGGUCAGGAUCGAGUGACAGCAAGCAAGAACAUGGCAAUCCACCACGCAAUGGCUGUAGUCACACAAAAGAUGAAACACGGCGAAGAUCUUCACUAUGUGCGGAUUGCAGAGACUACACUGAACGUACAAGCGAGGAAUUACUGCAAUAUGUCGAUGAAACCCACCCUCUGCUUCAUGGAGGAGGCAUCGGACGCGGCGCCACAAGGACAUAUCUACAAGAAGAAGUAAAAAAGCAUGCAAUCUGGAAGACACCUUCGGUGAGUACCAUCCCACUAGUCAAUGGGAUCACGUCGGCCUUCUAACGCUCUCUGUGCUUCAUAGUUCUGGGAAAAAGCUCUUCUGUUGGCGAUUGGUGAGGAACUACAGCGAACACCACAGCCAUGUCCAUGGGAAGAGCUCCCAAGUGGUGUACCCAAGCACGAUGGUAAGUCUCCAUUUGCCACCAAAGCUGGAUACACUGAGCACUAACUGUCAUGGUAUAGGCCUGCCGUCACGCGAAGAGGCUGUAUGCCGUGUGCACAACAUCGUAUUUGGUCAACUAGGCUCAUUUACAUUGAGUAUGCUGGAGUUCGAGGUGCCGCUCACACAGAUCGAGUCGUUUGUGGAGACCAUGUGCGAUGCACAUGAACUGACAGAAGAUCAGCGCUUUCUACUGCGAAAGAACUUGCAGGAAAUCUUCGCGACGCUGCGGUGACUGCAACGGUUUUGAGUGCAACUGGCUGUGUAGUAUAGUGGGGGCAUUUACGGGUUAACAAUGACAUUUGAGUUGCUUACUGCUUGCCUUUGAUCUAGUUCAAGCGCUCGAUGAUCAUGGCGCCAGCACCGCCGCCGCCGUUGCAGAUGGACGCACAACCGAUAGUGGCGUCCUUCUCCUUGAGAAUGUGGAUGAGCGUACCCACGAUACGCGUGCCAGACAUGCCGAUGGGGUGGCCGAUAGCGACGGCGCCACCGUUCACGUUGACGCGGUCGUGCGGAAUGUUCAUGAGACGCAUGUUGGCCAGCGCCACGACCGAGAAAGCCUCGUUGAUCUCGUGGUAGUCCACGUCGCUCAUCUGGAGUCCAGCGUGGUGUAGAGCCAGCGGAACGGCCUUGGAUGGGGCAAUAGUGAACUCCACAGGGUCCUGUGCAGCGUCAGCAAAGCCGCGGAUACGUGCCAGAGGCGUGACUCCCAGUUCGCGAGCCUUAGCUCCGGUCAUAAGCACCAUAGCUGCCGCACCGUCAUUCAGUGUCGAUGCGUUGGCUGCAGUAAUGGUACCGUCCUUCUUGAACGCAGUGCGCAGACUCGGGAUCUUCUCGGGCUUCGUGUUGAACAUUUCCUCGUCCGUGUCAAAGACUUUGGAUUUGCCGCCACGUCCCUUGACUGUCACGGGCGUGAUCUCCGUCUUGAAGAAGCCUCUGUUACUGGCGUCCACAGCACGACGGUAGCUCUCAAUGGCGUAGGCAUCCUGGUCGUCGCGAGAGAAAUCAAACGUUUCAGCGCACUUCUCGCCGCACAUACCCAUGUGCUGGUUGUUGUACGGAUCCCACAAUCCGUCGUGGAUCACGCCGUCCACGAGCGUGCCGUUGCCCAGACGGUAGCCCGCACGGGCCUUAGGCAGAUAGUGAGGCACGUUAGUCAUGCUCUCGAAACCACCUGCCAAUACGAUCUGCUGACUGCCGCUCAUGAGGCUCUGCGCACCGAUUGCCACAG